UGUCUUAAUAACCACAAUAUCGGUGUGAAUAUAAUGGUAUUAAGUUCUAGAUGUAUCUUCUUCAUAAAAGGGAAUUGGAAGAGAAUUGUGUUUUGUAAACACAGAUUAAUGAUUGAUUGUUGUGUUAUAGUUUGCGAAACGGCAGUAAAAAUUUGAUCCCAGAGCCUAAAAUCACGCACUCUAUGCAUUUCAAUGUCCCAGAAACGGUUGAUUGGAUCCAGCGUACUCUAUGGAAGAUUAUUUUCACAGCAUUCGUAAAAAAGGAAGGUAUUUUCGGUAAAAAAGAUUUCCAAAACAGCCUUCUGUUCUGCCACAAUGCUUCGAUAAACAUUAAAAGUAAAUAUUAUGAUUAUCAUUGUUCCAUAACAUUCUUUUGUCCAGUGUCUAAUUACAUAAUUUUACCAAUCAAAGUUAACCGUUUUAAAUUUUUCAUUUAAAAUCGGUGAAUUGUUAAAAUCGUUGUUUCACCUGUUCUUAUUUUACAUAUAGUGAUUCAACAAAAAUACCACACAUCCUCUUGACGGCAAUUAGUUCGAGUAUCCAAGUCUGUCGGCAAGAAGUUUUUAAAGGCACCACAAAGCGCAAAGAUUCAAGAAUAUGGCUCGAGGAAGCACUAGCAUGUUCGCGUUCGCGCUUUUUACUUUUCUCUUCUACGGAUCCCAUGCCGCACAUCGGCACAAUGAGAAUCAAAGAGGAGGAAGAUUUUCCAAACUUAGUGGAAAGGCAUUGGAGGGGUUCGUCAUCGCCACGCACCACGUGACAUCCCCUGUUUGGUGUGGCGCGCAGUGCCUGGAGAACACACAGUGCGCCUCAUACAACGUGAAGAAUGGUGUCACGUGUGAGCUGAACAACGAAACCAUGGCAACACAGACCGCGUCUCUCAAGACAGACCAAAAAGCAGACCACUACUACAACGAAGACAUUGAGUACAAGUCGUGUUUGGACCACAUGAAGGGAGGGGCAACCGAAUCAGGCAUCUACACUAUCACCUUCAGCGAUGGAGCGCGGGGCAAAGUGUGGUGCGACCUGACAUCUGAGCCAAAUUCUGCCUGGACAAUGAUACUCUCAUUUGCAAUGAAGAACAGAAAGAUCCGAGCGUUCUGUGACGACCCCUUAAAACUCAACUCCCCAAGGCAAAGCGAAAACCCAAACUGGCAAGACUACCGCAUUGAGCUCUCAAAGAUGCAGCAUCUUGUCGCCCAGUCCACUCACUGGCGCGCCACCACAGGGUUCCCAGUCUACGGCGUCGAUUACCGUGAUUACGCGAGGGGGCUGUUGUCAAAGCUCAACGUUUUCACUGAUACUUCCUCUUGCCACGACAUUGAGUACGUGAAUGUGCGCGGCUACUCCGCCACCGACUCGGCCGCUUCCUUUUGGCAUACGGUCGGGUGGGUUUUACAUAUUGAUACCUCGGUGACGAGUUGCGGACUUUAUGCUCCUAAUUUCGCGUAUAGUGAGAACACAUUUGGUGUUUAUUGCCAUGAGGCAUCUUGGAAUUCCAAAUUUCGAGGAUGUGAGAACGAUGAGAGCACGACCCAGUGGUGGUUUGGAGGGUAUAAUAUGGACUGAUAUUCACUCUCAGAUACACACCCAGUGGUGAUUCUGGGAGUAUAAAAACUGAUAUUCACUCUCGGUUACCGUACAACCAAUGGUUGUUCGGAUGAUAUUUAAACUGAUAUUUACUCUCAGUUACCUCACUCCCAGUGGUGGUUCAGAGUAUAUGAACUGGCAUUCACACUCAGUGAUGGCUUGGAGGAUAUAUGAAGUGACAUUCACUCUCAGAAACCUACAACCACUGGUGGUUCGCAGGGUGUAUAAACUGAUAAUCACUAUAAAAUAACCGCACCUCACCCAUUGGUGUGACUUGGAGGGUAUAUGAACUGAUAUUCUCGCUAAGAUACCCUAUACAACCAGUGAUGAUUACGAAGAUAUAACCGAUAUUCAAGCUAUUCACUAUCAGUUACCGCACAACCAUGUGGUGGUUUUAAGGGUUUUAAAGAGUAUUCACUCUUCUUUUGCCGCACUUUCUUGAAUUUGGGUGACAUUUGGCGAGGCAUUAAAGACCAUCGACGUGCAGUAUUUGCCAUCGACGUUUCCAAACAGUGGUCCUUGGUUACCAAAUUAGCAUGAACUCGUUAGCAGUUGUAAAAAUAGAUGUAAUUCUACAUAGACAAGUAUAUCCGCACUGCAUUCGCUUUUCCGAUACAUUGCACCGCGAGGUUUUAGCCGGCUCUAACUUAUAGAACGUUGAUCAGCCUCUCCAUAAUUAUUGUUUACCUUUGAAAAUACAACGAUCUAAUCAAAAUAUAUUAAUUCAAUUGCAAUACGUGAUUAAAAGUAUUUAAUUUGCUUGCUUGGGUGAGUGGAUGUAAAAAGUGCUUCUUAGGGCUUGUUAUUUUCCAACAGUGCUUUGCGGUCCCAAGGCAACUCUUAUCUCGCAUUGUACAGUUGCUCGUAUUUUGGAGGCCUUGAGCGACUUAGUUAUGGAUGGGUUAAAAUUGGCCGUGCAUUCUACUAUGAAAUAAAAUCUUAAAAAUGUCAA